AUGUGUCAAAUGGGCGGAGAUAAAUAUUUUGCUGUUGCAAAUUAUGAUAUAGAAGACUUCAGUCCGUUUAUCAACGAGAAUUCACCGGUGACAGUUACGUAUCGAGUACUUAAACAGGGUGGAAUAAGGUAAGUCAUUUUAAUAUUAUAAAGCGUCUAGAAUUAGUAAUUCAUUUCAUAUACAUAUGAUCGGGUGUGCAAAAUAUUGUGUAGGAUCUCAAAAAACAAAGUUGUGGACUGGAAUGUAUACCAUAGUCCAUGUACCAAUUAUCAAAAUCCACGAUCCAUGGAAAUCCGGAAAUGAAAUACUGUAUUUAGCCCCCUUUCGUGCAUGGGGACAUAUUGUUUCCAGUGGUUCUUUACUGACAGUAGUUCUUUACUGACAUUAACUUUUUCUUAGUUCUUUACUGACAGCUAUUAGAAGCGCGUUAAAUAGAGGCUUGGCGGCUAAAUAAAAUUUCACGUUCUUUAUACCAAGAUAUACUGUCUUGGUAGUGCUAGGUCGUUACAUGCCUUCCUCGUGGAACAGGCAGAAGCCAACAUUAAAAAAUUUCAAACACAUGAUUUAAUAAAGUACGAAACAAACUCCGAAUAGAAGUUCCACCUUGGAUUCAAUAAUUUAAGAAAAACAAGAGGAGACACAAUUCGACAGUAAUAUUUGGAAUUUGUUACAAAUUUAUCUUCAGAAUAAUUUAUAAAGGCUACCUUAGGUCUAUAUAUACAAGCAUGAUGAGAUCAUAAACAGGAAGAAAGCGUGGGUGAGAUCAACAGUGGGUGUGGUCUCAAGUCGAAUAGUGUGAGUUCUUUGCUUUGAGUCGAGUGUUUAAUUUGGUUUGAGAGAUUUGAUAAAAAUGCUUCCAUUAAUGAAAGACAAGUUUUGUUCAAAGAGCUAUUUAAUGUGGCUCAAUACAGUUUUAAAAAAUGGAAAAUUCACGAUUUAGAUGCGUAUUUUUGGACAAUUAUUAGAUGUUGAUAAACAAAAAGUACCUUACUUAUAUAAAACAACAUCUAAAGAGUUUGAAUUUUUGCACAAAAGUUACGCAACUGCCGUGUUUUGGCUUUAAAGUAAUUUAAGUCGUAAACGACAUCGGCUGCACAGAAUUUUUUUAAAAUUGUCAACGUAAUUCAAUAUACUAAGAGAAAUCAGUUUUUAAAAUAAAAUGUGGGGGUCACCUAUGUCGUUUACGAGUUAAAUUACCCUUUAAACCCAAAAUGCAAACUUUGUGCUAAAAUGCAAACUCUUUAGAUGUUGUUUUAUAUAAGUAAGGUACUUCUUGUUUAUCAACAAGUAAUACUUGUCCAAAAAUACGCAUCUAAAUCGUGAAUUUUCCAUUUUUUUAAAAACUGUAUUGAGCCACCUUAAGUACAUAAUUUUGUAUCGACCCGAUGUUCCUGUAAGAAGCACAAGAGGUGACCACAGAGCAAGACCUCCAAUUUGGACGAGGGACUACGUUUGAAAUUAAGAACAUUCCCUGUUUGGGAGAGAAUCAUGUUGUGGGUUUUUAACACUGAUUACUGAUAUAUACACAGUAGUUUAAAUAUAAACUUGUUAUCACGUCAGCAAAUGGCGUGUAGUUUGUACUGUAAGUUGGACAGCAGAUUUAUAGGUUUUCGCUACGAGUUUUCUUAAAUUUCUGAUAUUUUAACACGAUUAAUUUAAAUAAAGUUCUAUUUUAAACUCAACAAGACCAUCAGUGAAAGACUUUCUUCUAGAAAUAUCCUACUCAUGUUGUCUAAUAAAACUGAUCAUGUAUUUUUGUAUUUAGUGAACGUAUAUGCAUACGUUCACUAAAAAUAAAAGCCACAAUUCGUGACUUUAAAUUGAUACAAUAACCUGCCAAUCACAAUGAAAGUGAAUUUAUUUGCCCCCUGACCGCCCCUGAUGAUUGCAAAGUUUAUAUAUAGCAUUUGGAACGGCAAUUGCUAGAUAGCAUACUUCAAAAUAAGGUUUCCGUUUUUAUAUCAAUUUUUAAAAUAAUUAAAAUAAGUUAGGGUUAGGUUAGGGUUUAGGUUAGGGUUAGGUUAGGGUUAGGUUGGAGUUAGGGUGAGGGUUAGUAUUAGGGUUAGGGCUUAGUUUUGCGUUAGGAUAGUUUUUUCUACGUUAUAAAAACGGAAACCUUAUUUUGAAGUAUACUAUCUAGCGAUCACCCAUUUGGAACUGUCUGUGCCAGUGUAGGUAGUGCCAGUAAUAACAAGCUUUCGUUGGUAGGGAUGCAUCUACCUGAAAAAUAUAAGGAGAAUUUCGACGUUUCGUUUGGCCCUUCGUUUGGAGUUACUAGCGGGGUCGGGAAAAUUACAUCAGCUUUUAUACAAAGAAAAUAAAAGCGAUCACGUGACAAAAAAUUAACCAAUCAGAUGGAUUUAGUCAAAACAAAGUAUAAACAAAAAAUGUAAAUCACAUUACAGAAUAUAUUAAUACAAAUAUACAGAAAACUACAACAAAUACAACAAAAUAUAUCAAUAAAGUGUAGAAAAGUACUGUCAAUGUCUGCUUUUGACAGGCGAAGACAGGAAAAACGUUAAACACAGGAAAAAUGUUAAUUAAUGCCAUAGGGGUGGACAGUGCCAAGUUUGGAAAUGAGGCGCAUUUCACGGCUUCUGCGGCUAUCGUUGCUUCCAAAAAUGAGACAGGGGGCUCGAAUUUCCAUAUCUGAAACACUGUGACUGCCAAUGUCUGGCAACAGGCUGGUUAACCUACCUCCGCAGGCCUUUCAAGAAUUAGGGAGGGGAAAUUUCUGGCGGUGAAACUUCGUCUCAAAUUUUAACCUGCGAACGGGCAUACUCAUUACGGCCUGUAGAAGAAGUAGCUGGUUAGCAUCAUUGCCAAUGGCAAUGACUACACGCCGAUGUUCACCAAACCUUGUCCUCAAAGAGCUUCUAGUUUCCUCCAAUAUAAAGCAUGCCACAUUUUAUCCUGUGAACGGGCAUACUCAGUAUGGCCUGUGGUGGAGGUAGCUGGUUAGCAUCAUUGCCAAUGACGGUACGUCGAUGCUCAAUAAACCUUGUCCUCAAAGAUCUUCCAGUUUCCUCCAAUAUAAAGCAUACAACGUCUGCAUCAUGUGCACCUCCUCCCAUCUCAUCUACUGCACGUACCUCAUGCAGUAUUAGCUAAUAUAUUCUGUAAUGUGAUUUACAUUUUUUGGUUACACAGGGUGUAUAAGUAAAACCUGAUUCUUAUCCCGCAUUAUAUGCUGAACUCAAAAGUAAUAAUAUUGACGUGUGUGCAUUUCUGAAACGUGGUUACAUCCAACUGUAUCGAGGUAUCUAAUUUGUCCUCCCGGGUUCCACAUUAUUAGAAAAGAUACGCUAUAAGUACUCGCGGUGGCCGGGAGUAGCAAUUUUAUGUAGAAAUGAUUGGAGAAUUGAAAAAAUACAAAAUAUGGACAAUUCGUUCGAGUGCCUAUGAGUAACAAAUACUACUCAAAUUAUAAUGUAGCAGUUGCAUACCAUCCUCCUGAACAUGACUACGAUGCAAAUGACCUCAUAGAAUUCUUAACUGACUCGAGUGAACUGAUUACUAUCGGAAAACCUAAUGCAAAGAUAAUUAUUACUGGUGAUCGGAACAAAUUAAAUAUUCGUAACUUACUCAACCAAAUGUUCUUCGCCCAGUUGGUCAUUACUAAUACUCCCCAUUAUUGGAAAAAAGUCAAAGUAACGAAUACCUAAUAAGAUCUGGUCAUAAAGCUAUUAUUGCGUACACGAGAGAUACAAUAAAAGCAGAAAGGACAAACUCGUUCUUUAGAGAUACAAGAGAGCACAGAAAAUUAAAUAUGUUCAGAGAACUAGAAAUCUAGACUGGAAAAAGAUAAUGGAAUAUGGGCAAACCCCCGAUGAAAUGAUCAAAAAACGUUAUGAGAGUAUAUGGCCAAGAUUUGAUAGCAGUUUCCCGCUCAUAAAAGUUCGAACCUCGUCGCGUGAUCCAGCAUUCAUGUCUCCUCUCGUGAAACAUUUGUUGCAAAAAAGUUAGAAAGCCGUAGCAACAAGUGAUGAAGAAUCUAUUUUUCGCCUACAAAAUCAAAUCAACACACUAAUUCGAAAAUUGGGGCUUUCUCGAGGUAUGAACAACUGAAUUAUAGUACUGGUUAAUACUUUACAUUAUACCCAUUAUACCGUUUUUUCAUACUCCUAGGAAGUACUGAAAAUAGUCAUGUUUACUGUUAUUGUUAUUGUGUCUAUAGAGUUUAGGAGGACCAGAUCGGAAAAAAAGUGCAACUUUGUCUGUUUAUCCUCAAUAAAUAAAGUGUUAUUAUUAUUAUUAUUAAUUCGCAGAAACCAACUGAAUGCAGUCCAUUGUGAGAAUCAAAAUCACAAAACCGGAACGAAGAAGAACAACGUCAAUAAUAUCACUGGAAGGAAAAGCACACCUAUUAGCUCUCUUAUGGUCUUCAAGUGGAUUUGGUUAAGCAUUUCAAAUUGUUGGGAGUUUAUAUGUCAGAUGAUCUAUCUUGGAACAAACAUGUUGGUUAUAUUACUAAGAAAG